AUGGGAGAUGCUCUCUACGAACUCGAACAAAUUCUCCGAUCCAAACAGGAUAAAAUGACAAGUCAAGAAGCAAAUGUAAUAAUGGCAUGCAAGGCAAACGCUAUGAGAGAGUUUACCAUUGGUGUUGGUGUUGGUGCCGGUAUCACAUGGUUUGCAAGUCGAAGGCUAAAUAACUUUUUCCGCAUCAACCUUUCAGGAGGUAAGAGAUGCCAUCAGCCCAUCCCUCCACCCUUCCUCCUUUGUCUAUAUAUCUACUCAUCUUUUUUGUUGGUUUGCCCCUUUUAUGUUCAAUUCCUGAAUUGUUUUGUUAAAAAACCUAAUGAUACCUGCUAUUGGUUAUACAUCGUGCAAUUCUUUUAUCUUUUUUUCAUCUUGUGCUACAUCUUACAAAAGGAAUCAGGGCAAAUUGUGCACUGAAUAAAUGAAAUCAUUCAGAUGCCAAAGUGUUGAUAGCACUAAACCCUGUUAAUUUUUAAACAAUAUGAACUUGAAUGACAUUUUACAGAAACUUUAAAACUUCUAACAUUGCCUAGAUAUUAUAUAAGACACCCAAAUACAGUGAAUAUUACAUCAAUCACUACAUCAUAAUAUGGAAACCUAAUGAUUAAUAGUAAGCAUAAUUCAUAUGCAAGUACAUCCUUGAAAUGGUAAUUGUAAGUCUCUCAUCCCAAUGGUUUUUGUUCUGGAUGCGAGAAAAUGUGUACUUACGGUGGUAUAUUGAUGUUUUGAUGGCCUGGUGACAUCAUGACGAUAAUAUUUUUACUGUGCAUCAUGUUGUUGAAAGUGGUCAUUCAUUAAAAGAACACCCUUAUCUAUGUCAAAAUUGUUGUAGUAAUGUUCAUUAUGAUUGUACCUCCAUUUAGAGCAUCACCAUAGACUGCUAUAAAUUGGGUUAAUUACCAUUUGCCAGACAAGAAUUAUUGAACCUAUGGUGUAAAGCUUGGACAAUAGCCUCCUCAGGUGCCUUUCAUUUCUCCUAUAUUUGCUCUUCCAGUACCAUGCAAGUAUCCAUGCUUCUUUACUUGGCUUUACAUUGAUUAAAAUCCCAUUUUAAAGCUUUUUCUGUUGUGAUGUUUGUUGAUUUGUUAUCUGAUAGGGUAGAGUAUGUUAUAGCCAAAUCCACACUAUCUACUACCUACCAAAAUUUACUCCACCCUGCUCCCCUAUUGUGUUAAGCCUCGACCCAUCAUAGUUGGCAGAAGAUCUACUGCAACUUUACCAAGACCAGCAAUCUGGGAAACAUAACAUGAAACUAUCACCUAUACCUAUUGGUGACUGUAUUGCAAGUUUCUAUUAUAUCACUCUCUGUUUCUCUACAAGUAUAUGUGGACAAUCCUAAUAUUUUGCAAAUAUAGAAGUUUUUUUUUUGUGUGUGUCUAUCUAUUUAUUCCACCUGUUUUGCAGGAGCUGCUGCUCUUUUUGGAUUGUG